GUUUGGGCUGAGCAACAAAUUUGAAGCAGAGUUCCCUUCCUCAUUGACAGGAAAAGUCGCACCUGAAGAGUUCAAAGCCAGCAUCAGCCGAGUGAACAGCUGUCUUAAGAAGAACCUUCCCGUUAAUGUCCGAUGGUUACUCUGCGGCUGCCUUUGCUGCUGUUGUACCUUAGGCUGUAGUAUGUGGCCUGUGAUUUGCCUCAGUAAAAGAACACGAAGAUCGAUUGAGAAGUUAUUAGAAUGGGAAAACAAUAGAUUAUACCACAAGCUGUGCUUGCAUUGGAGGCUAAGCAAAAGGAAAUGUGAAUCGAAUAACAUGAUGGAAUAUGUCAUUCUUAUAGAAUUUUUACCAAAGACACCGAUUUUCCAACCAGAUUAGCAUUUGCUUUACCUAGAGACUUCCUGAGUAUGUUUCAUUUCCAAUGGUGCCUUGCUUGGUGCUCUCCUUGUAAUGAUACAGAGUUGGUUCUACAGGAUCUUGUGGUGGUCUUCGUUUUUUUCCUUUCCGGAUUUUUUUUUUUUUUUUUUUUGAACAACACGUUCAAAAGUUCAUUUUGUCAAAUUUGGCACAUAGCAUUCUGUGUGAUUUAAAUUAUUACCUCCACCCCCCUUUCUGUUAAUGAACCCUGGUCUUGAGGUAUGGCUAAUAUGUGUGGGUAUGUGUUUGAAUACGCGCACACACACACACAUACACGUGUGUGUUUCUAUGUGUAUAUAUGCAUAGCUAUUAUAUACAAAUGAAAAUAGCUACAAGUAUUCUAACCCCAAGAUAAGACGUGAAAAUUGGCAAUCAUUUUUAACCUAUGCACUUGCAUCUCUAAAUCUACAUCUCGCCAUGUUUGGCUGAUGACAAUAUCUGUUUGUAUCAGAUCUCCCCCCCCCCCUUUCGCUGGGAUAUAAAACCAAUCUCUUCUGAGCCAACAAGCAGUAUUCCUUCAUAGCCCUAGCAUCCAUUCCUUUCCUUGUAUCUUGAAAAAAAACUCCCAUCUGCUCAGAAGAUGUUCCUCCUCCAGAAACUUGAACAUAGAAUUGCUAUUUCUCCACGAGAAGACGUAAGUCGUAGAUUUGCAGGUGUCUGAUGGUUCAAUCCUGCUCAGGACUGUAAAAUUGACUAGUAUUUCCCUAAGAGGGCUGCUGCAUGGAGAACAGUUAGGUAAUCUUCCUGUGGCUAAGAGAUUCAGAAGUGACUAAAAGAGAACCCGGGGUUCUACUCCUAAUCUCUUAAUCAUGGUGAAAAAUAAAUAAUUAAAAGUGAUAUUUUGUUUAUACCAACUCCAUAUGUGUUUGUGCGGGUGCUUGUGAGAGAGAGAGAGGGGAGAGUGAAUGAGUUGAGUGAAUAUGUCUGUCGGCGUGGAAGCCAGCGAGCGUUGUGGUUCAUGCCUUGUAACAGCUUUCUUAUUGUUUACCCGAUUGAAUAGUACACAAGGAUGCAAGAUGGGCAGAAAUAUAUUUGUUAAUAUUUCAGUAGUUUUUUUGAGUUAUUGAAUGUUACAGUGUUUGGCUCCAACCCUUAGGAAGCUGUAUUUAAAUCCCAUUAAAAACCACUGGGCCUAAGUGUGUUGGUUUCUAAUGUUCUCAAGUUCUAUUUAUUUCAUUAGGACUUAAGUGCGACUAAUAUUCACCUUUCUUUUUAUUUUGAAGCUUUCCCUUGGGUUGGGGCCUUUGUGUGUAAAAACAUUAACAGCAUUUGUACCAGAUGCUAGAUGUGUCGUUAAUGUCUUGAUUUUUACAUCUGUAUUUCAGGUGGAUGAAUUUUUUAAAAAAAUGGUUAUUUGAAUUAAUAGUUUACUGAAUGUCUGGAGUAAAUACUGCAUUCUAACUUUUAAAUUUUAUGUUUACAUGGUUAGCUUUCUGUUUUAUUUUAUUGUUUGCACAAGGAAACAUUUAAAAAAUAUGAGUAUGUAAUAUUAUGCUUUGGUCAGGCCAGUUUUUAAUUUCUUGGCUGUGCAUAUCUUCAUGUAUUAAGUUCAAUGCCUGUUGUAUGCAGUUACUUCUGAAACAUUUGUUUCUGGAUUUUAAUGUAGGUGAAAUGUAACAUAUUUUAAGGGCCUGUUCUUCAUGUAGCAGAGCAAUAAUGUGAAUAGCCAAUGAAUACAGUUUGCAUAAUAUUUGUAUUAAUGAAAUGUUUAUCCCACUACUACAACAAUAUCAGUUCUUUUCAUUUAAAUAUGUGUUUUGCUUUAUUGUCAUAUACAGAUACGUUUAUUGUGUAUUUGCCAAUGUUCGCUACUCACAGCAGAUUGCUAAUUAUUUAGAACAUAUUUUGUGACAAUUUAAAGCUCUGCAUAUCACAGCAUAUAGUGGCUCCAAUAUACUUUCAUUGGCUAAUCUUCUUGUUGUUCAUUCAGAGUCUGGCAUUUCUGAAUCUCAGAAACUCAAUGGGAGACAAACGGAGCAUUUGCAUAGGCCCUUCUGUUACUCAAAACAAUACAACUGGCUUUAACUAGAUGGCGUGCAUUGUACUUUGCUCGAAAUAUGUACCCCUGGACUCUCUUUAAAAUGGGUAGUUUCCUUAUCAUUUUAAACCACGAUACAGUUUGCUUGUUUGGGGCUGAGCAUGUUGCGUGAAUGAAAUCAUGGUUUAUUUUAGGGCAUUAAACUAAGGUUUGAAACCAUGGUUUGUUGUUGGCUUGCUGACUGCAACCUUGAUUGAGCUAAUGUGGAAAAUGAACAGAUAUAUAUGGGUUGGAUUCUUUCCUGGUUCGCUUUCGGUUUGAUUCUGUGCCCUACCAAGGACCACAUUAACUGGGCCUCAGAAAGAAGGGUAACCAAAAAGAAGGGGAAAAAAUAAAUUUGCCCAAACCUAAAAUUACUUUGCCCAUCUGCAAAACUGAUUCUAACUUGAUUUUAAAAAACGGUACUAAACGAUUAUUCCAUGGUUGAUUAUAAUGCAUGAAUGCAGCCUAUGGAAUAACUUUGAAAUAUAUAGGUAGUUUUAUUCAGGUAUUCCAAAACCAGGGGUGGGAUUCUACCGGUUCGGACCGGUUCAAGUAAACCGGUAGCUCCGACGAUCAGCUGGGAGCGAACCAGUUUGCUCCGACAAUCAAGUGCACCCCUCUCCCCGCCCACUCCUGGCUUUACUUACCUUUAACUUCUCAAUUGAGUUGCGCAGCAGAAUGGAUUGCUGUGCCUCAGAUGUUUUCCUCUCUAGCAGUAAUACGGAAGGUAAAUUUUCUCCAAACUCUGCACGCAAUCUGCGAAGCGCGCGAUCACCGAACCGGUUGUUAAAAUGGUAGGAUCCCACCACUGUCCAAAAUUAUUUGCUAUCCUUCAGGAUCUGCUUUUUUCCCCUAACAAAAGAAACCAUGUCAAGCAUUUUCUCCUCUUCUUUGAAAUUUCCAAAGUGUCUUAGAACAUCAAUAUUAAUAAUGAAGACCUGGGCUGUUUUCCAACACAUUGUGCUUAUUGAUUUGAAUGUGCUUAUUGCCCUUCUAUCUGUGUUGUCGUCAUGGAGUCUUUUAAGUACACAAGACGUAAAAUUCACCUCUGUCCCUAAAGUGGAGAGAAAAAAUGCUAUUCACCCUGCGCUUCUUUCUCUUUUACUUCUGUGAAGCUAGGACCUCUUUCCAAGGAUCCGUUUUGCAUUAUUUAGUUUUCCUGGGGAAAGAAAUUGGCAAUUUCUUGCAUGUGCAAGAAGCUUGGCCUGCACGCUAGAGCUCCUGUAUAUCAAUAUAUCUGCUGAGUAGGUUGAAUGUUUGAUUUGUUACAUUAGAAAAAACCUGGCUUAUAAAUAUUUUCUUCCUGAAAAGUUGUUGUCAGUCGGAACUUUCCAUGGAUAGUUUUGCAGCUAUCAGGACACUAGUGAAAUGAGGACUGCUCCAAUAUUAUAUUUCUCUCUUAGUUUAAAUAAUACGUCUGAGCUAGCUCAGGUAAUCUGUUGGAUGAUGGUGCAACCCCAAUAAAUCUGGUCCAACUAACAAGUUUUGCUAAGCAGCAUAAGUUCUCAUGAGCUGAAGCUCACUUUGCAGAUGUUUAGAGCAGUGUUUAUCAACCUAGAAGACUUGAAGUCCUCUGGACUUCAACUCCCAGAAUCCCCCAGCCAGCACAGCUGGCUGGGGAAUUCUGGGAGUUAAAGUCCACAGGACUUCAAGUCUCCACGGUUGAGAAACACUGGUUUAGAGUCACUAGGAUGAUGUACAAUUUCAAUGGAAAGGCAAAGUGACCCCAUGAAAAAUCUUGCUUUUUAAAACUGCCCUAAUGAGUAGAUCUUCUCCAUAAUAAUGAUUUCCCUGAACUUAGCAACUGAGGUAGGCUGGUCACCUUCUAAAACCAUGGGUACACUUUUGCUAGACUCAUAAUUGUUUAUACAACUGUGUUAAUUUAGCAAAAAUAUAUUUUUUAAAAAAAGUGUGUCCACUCCUUUGAUUUGAGUUGCUUUAUAUACAUUGGUUCCACCACAAAACCGCGGUAGACAAAAGCGCGCUCGACGAAAGCG